GUCUGCCUUGUCGACGGGCGGACUGGUUGAUUGAUUGAGGGCGUGUGCGCGGCUGGCCGCCGACUCAUACGUUUGAUAGGCAAGCACUGAUGCACACAACAAAUGCAUCAGGUGCCUGCAGGCCCAUCUCUGUGUGUGUGGUUGGUGCAGCUGUAUGCGUGCGUGAGUCGUCCCGACACCCACAUGGCCUCUGCUGGCCCGGCCGACGGUGGCGAUGGCGAUGCAGGUACACUCUGCUCAGACAGAUGCAGCACGUCACACACACACCAUCAUCGUGUGUGUGGAUGUGUGUUCCUUUGCAGACGAUGUAGCCGAGGAGGAGACCAACGGCUUUGUUUUAUUUGACGAGGGUGAGCGACGAGCUGUGGGAUAUAGCAAGGCAGCACGGUCAUGACUGCUCGUGUGUGUGUGCGUGUGUGCGUGUGCAGGUGUUGUCCGUGUUGAAGGGGGCCGCGGUGUCGGCGGGCAGAACCGGAGACGACAAAACAGAGGUAGACGCCGGCCGAUCCACCGACACACAAAUCAGAAUCGGCCUCCAGAGCUCAUCGUUAAUAAUCUUGUAUGUGCCAACCACAGGUGCGCCGUUGCCAGACACCUGGUUCCCUCCUGGUGCCAGUGGCGCUAGCAUACGGCUAUCCGAGCGCAUCCUCCGCCGCACAGUCAUCGACGAACAGCAUUUGACGGACGUGAUCCACCAGCCUGGAGCCGACCCCAAUGUGGAGCUGUGGCUACAUCACGAUGGGGACCAUUCUAGCUACAGAGCUUAUCCGCUGCUGGCGCUGUGCAUUGACAACCUCUCGGACAACCGCGUGCCAGCCAUCUGGGCAGCCGACGGGGACGUGGACGACGACGUGGAUGCUCCUGGGUGUCCCAUCGUCUCGUCUUGCCCAUGUGGCAGCCCCCUAGCCUCCAGCUCGCCGUCAUGCGGGGCCUCAUCCAGGGAGGGGCGGACAUCAAUGCGGGUGAGCUCGGCCAAGCGAGUUGGCCCAUCCUGGUGGCCAUCGCCUCGUGCAACCGGGCCGCAUUCGAACUCCUGAUCGGCCAGCCAGGUGCCCACCCAUUCACAGCACUCACGACACGGAACACAUAGCAUGGUGUCUGGCUGUCUGUCUGGCUGGCUGGUUGGCUGUCUGUUUCAGGCAUCCAGCUGCAGGGGCGAUGCGUGCUGAAUGUGCCGCCUUCUCGUCAAACGGAUCAGCCGACUAAGGCUGAUGAGGCCACCCUGCUGUCCUUCUACGAGCAGCUCAUCCAGCGGGACAGCACACUCGCAACAGAGACCGAUGCCGACAAUGGCAGCAACCCGGUGCAUUGGGCGGCCGCGAGACCUCCCGUUUGGUCCCAGCAGUUCAUCGAGAGCUACAUCGAGCUGCUGGUGACCAAGGGGGCGGACAUCACGGCCGUGGACAAUGAUGGAUGGACGCCAUUGCACGCUGCGGCAGCCUGGGGUUCGCACCAGGCGGCUGCCUCUCUCUGCCGCCGUCUCACCGCUGCCGACAUCAACAGAGGAAGGCCGAGUGACACGCCCGUCACACCCCUCGCCGUCGCUGCCAUACGGCUCGAUGAGGUCACCCAACAGCUGCUGCAGGACGACACCACGGAGCAGGCCGAGAAGGAUCGGCUCACCAUCCUAAUCCCGAACCUCCAGAAGACCGUCCGUGUGCUGCUCCAGGUGGGCGCUGACAUCGCCCUCAUGCCCACAGCCACAGAGCGAGACCGCCGGUGCCGCCAGCUGGUGUUGGCGGAGCGGGCGACCGUGGUCAACGAGCUGCCCAUUCCCGAGCCGCGCCCCGCCACCAUCGAUCGAGGCGCAGGAUCGGCUGCAGAAGAUGAAGGAGCACCGCGACAAGCGCAAGGGCCGGCAGGCCACACGACAGGCCAAGGAGACCCCCACAGAGGCCGAAUUGGCGCGGCAGCAGCGAGAGGCCGACGCCAAGAUGGCGGCCCUGAUCAGAGAGGAGGAGGCGGCCAACAAGGAGAGGGCGGCGGCUAAGGAGAAGACGGGCGGCAAGAAGAAGGGCAAGAAGGCUGGCAAGGGGCAGCCCAGCGCCCCCACCCCCACCUCCACCAGCAGCCCGCCGGGUGACGAAGAUGACCAGGCGGACAGCAGUGGGGCAGCCGAUGAUGCUGGUGAGGACAGCGACGCCCUCCUGUUGGCGUCGGCCUUCGCCCAACGCGCCAUCGAAAGCCAGAAGAAGGCCCCCAACGCGAAACAUCAGAAGGCGGCCGAUGUCAAGACCCAGCCAGCUGCCCACCCCGAAAGAUCGACUCGUUCCCCCUCCUCGCCCUUCCAGCCCCCCACACCCAAGCACAAGACGACUCACCAGCCCUCGGCUGAUCGUCUGCUGCUCUCUCACCCUAGCGGCGUGUCGACGGCCGACCAGACGCCGCGCGAGGAGCGUCUGCCGGGCCCAUCGGCAGGUAGCAAGUUGGGCGGAGGCAGAGGGCUGGGCCUACCGGCUGCUGCACCAUCCUUGUUCCCUCGGCCGGCCCCUCCAACUCACCGGUUGCCGUUGGCUGAGGAGCUGCGCGAGUCGGCCAUGCGGCGAUCGUUUGUGUCGUCGAGUACAUCCCACCUGUCCCCAUCCCCUCGGCCCCUCCCCCUCGGUGCCGAUGAUCCAUUCCCCCCUCUAGCACAUGGGCCACAGCAUCCGUAGGCAGACAGACACAGACAAGGGGAUGAAUGGAUGGGCACAAUGAAUGGCGCUGUUGUGUGUGGUCGUCUCUCUUUAUAUCAGUGACGGCUCGUUUCCCACAUCCUCGAGUGGGCAUCGUCCCUCGUGUCAUCGGGGCCCUCCGCCACUCGUCAAGUAUCCCAAGUAAGGCACAGACAGGCCGACAUGAGGACACCUGACGCACACACCGGUGGGGGGUUAUGGUGCACCCGUCUUCUCAUGCCGUUGGGGUCUCUUGUAGGCGUGUUGAGUCGGUGGCUGAGGAGAGUGUAGAGCGUGACGGUGGUGGCGACGUAGAGGACGCUGGUGCUGACGACGAAGACAUAGACACACAGCAGGAGAGGUCAACACAGCGAAGCUCACGCAUUCACACUAACGCCCCGCUGUCACCCUCACUAAUACCGACGGCAUCCUCUCACGAUUUACAGGCCAAUGUCUGAAUCUGCGGACACCACGCGGCCCUCUUCUCGUUCGUCCGGUGCUGAGCCUCUCCGGCCUCCCACCAAGCCUCAGCAGCGCAGAGGCACGGCUGGGCAGGCCGGCAGUGGCGUGCGGGCGGUGUUGCACUCGUCUUCGGUCAGUAGCGCAGUGGCCGCAUCGGUCGGAGCUGGGCCGGCUCUCAUACCGGCAGCCGACAAGAACCAUCGACCACACCAAGAUGGAGACGAUAGGUCCGUUACAUGCCCCAGACAGCAUCUCCACCACGGCACGAGUGUCAUUUGUUGGGUGUGCAGUGAGGACGAGGAGGAGCAUGACGAGCAGACACAGAUGGCCAUCGCUGCAUCGCUGCACGACGCCACCACCGCUGCCAUGAUGCUCCCGCCAUCCAUCCACAUGACGUCUGGCGGCUACGCCAGUGGCGCAUCGGCAGCAGCAGCAGCAGCAUCGCUCGGGCCUCUGAAGGAUGCAGUGUGCAGGGCUAUAGAGGAGCAGCGGAGGUCAGCAAAGGAUCGAUGGAGGGAAUGGGCGGACGCUUGGCUGCGUCAUGUGUGUGUCCAUGUCAUCCAUCUGCAGCAUGGAGCGUGCUUAUGGCAAGGCGCUGGAGCGGCAUUCGAGCAUCAUGGAGCGGACCAAUGAGCUCAACGCGGCCAUAGGGGCACUCACAGAAGCCACGCAAGAGCGACCAGACACGUACAAAGAUGGAAAUGAAGCGCUCUGAAUCAUCUUCAUCGAUUCCUGUGGUACUUCAGGUUGACUCGCGAUGCGUUGAUGGCCCUGACGACGGCAGCCGAGGUCUGUGAGUUCGGUGAGAGGGUCACGCGCGAAGGCGAGCGGCUCGACCAACUCUACAGUCGUGCGUGCGAGUCCUCCCGCACCAGCAGUAGCGACACACGUGCUGGCAACGGCAGCGGGUCCCUCUUUGGCCGUUUUUCGUCCCCAUCCGCAGCAUUUGAUGCAGCGCGCAACAAUGAUCGCAUUCAAAGGUGGGCAACAACGCCAAACACACGCACACACAUACACACAUUCACUCACACACAGGUGAUUGAUCGGCACUCACUCAGGCGCUCGCGUCAUGACGAGAUAGCUGACGAGGUCGAUUCGGUGUCAUCGGAGGGGCAGCUGCGCGAGAUGCUGCAUAGCACUAAGGCCAAGCUGCGACAGUAAGCACACGCACAAAGAAACAAGCAGUGGAGUAUGUUCAUGCUGCCCCUUGGCUCUCCUGUAGGCUGGAGGCGGACAUCUCGACGGUGACGGAGGCGAGUGCGGCAGCCGAGGCGAAGAUACAAACACUCCAAGAGGAACACGACCGCCUGCUACAGAUAGCCCGCACAGGGUGGGUAGACACACACGCACACAAACUUCGCCGCCAACGCCUCCUGGUUGCGUGUGUGCAGCCUGACGGAGCACCGGCUGUCAUCCCUCCGCUCACCUGAUGAUGUGGAGGCCUUCAAGCGCGACAUCACGAGGGCCAGGGCGGCACUGCGGGCACUGGGCAAGGAGGCCAUCAAGAUGGAGGGUCGGCUGGAGGAACGCGAAGCAGCGGCCGCCUCUGCUGCUGCGGCACCGCCGCCCCCUCCCCGUCCCAUCUGCGUCAUCUGCAACAACAGCCCGCCCACAGUGCUGUUUGAUCCCUGUGGCCACCUGUGCCUGUGUGCCGAUUGCUGGCAGCAGUGGAAGGGCAGACACGAGAGGGCCAAGGCAGAGAAGGCGCGGCUGGAGGGGGCGUGCAAGCCGGUGCCUGAGGAGGUGCGUCGGUAUGCGGUGCUGAGAUGCCCUUCCUGCCGGAGUGCUGCCGAGAAGACGAUCACAGCGCAUGUGCAGACGGAGGAUUGAGUAGAUCAGACAGGCAGAGGGGAGGGGCGGGCUGUGUUGUACAGGUGGUGGACGAUGCCAGCUGUUGACCGACUCACUAUGGGCAGCCAGCGAGAGUAGCUUCGCAUUCCAUUGCAACAUUCCAUUACAUGUUCAUACACGUAUGUAACGGUUCUCACUUCUCACUACCGUCCUCGCGUCUCGAAUGAGCCAUGCGGACACAUCAUAGGUCUCCUCUCUCUCCCCUGGCGGCUCUCUCUC